AUGGAGAUGGGAUGUGUAGGUAUUGAAGUCGUUGGUGGCAGGAGCGGUGAAUCGAUACGACUUGUUACUCUCCCAGACGCACUCAGUGUCGAUGAUUCCAGCCUAAGGUCUUCGUGUUGUCCCUCUACAGUGGGCUACACUGCAUCCAAGCGAGCCUUCCAGGGAAGGAACGCAGUCCUCGCCCUCACAUCAGUGACUGCCGUAAACAGAAUCCCGUGUCACCCCCCCCUCUUCUGUACGACACAUCUUCCCUCGACCCACGCAUCCCUCUUGCUUUCUCAACCUCCAGCAAUCCAUUUCAUCCUUAAACCGUAUACCGCUCCUGCAUCAUCAUCUCCGCCUCAUCCUUCUUCGCAAGCACAAACGCAAUCUCCGACCCCACGGCCACCACGACUGUCGCCACCAUCCCAAUCGGUGCCCCGAUAG